GAAUAUAUCACUGACGUUAAUUGUAUGUAUGAACGAUUGAGAGAAUUGAAUCAAAAAUUAACCCACACCGGUGUUGAGCAUCUCACUGGCUACAUUUCAAAACUAAAAACGUUCACCGGUGAACAUUGGAUUAGCGAUCCACUAAAGACACUCGUCGACGUAUGCGAAGGUCGCGGUAUGGGAUCUCGAAAUCGCGAGAAAAAAUAUAAUAGUCAAGUACCGUUGACAUCUUUUACUGAUAUUAUCCAACCGGAGAGUGAAACGGCCGUCUACUUACAAAGUUUGAUUGUUUAUGUACCAUUCAAUAACACUGUAAAGCAUAUACUAACAGAGACCUUUACGAAGUGGACUAAUAAUCAUGCCAAACUGCAAAUGACAUUGUUCUACAAUCGUUCAUUAUCUGACGCUCUUAGUACACUUUCCGAAAAUCUAUCUAAAGUAGGUAAUAUAGGUAUCGAAAUAAUGGCAUCCUUACAUCGAGAACAAGAAGUCAAUAAAGGACAAAUCGGACAAUAUACAGCAAAAUUGAAUCAAAUGGAACAUCAAGUGCUUGAAAUUAGACUAUCAGCUGUGGGAGUGGUUAGAAAGCUUUUGGAAGAAAUUGAAAUAUAA